CUUUAAAUAAGAGAAUGUGAGUGAAACUGAAUACAGAUAUACAUACAUAUACAUACACAUUAUAUAGUGAGAGAAAGUAGAGAGAGAAAGCACAGCACAGGGGUCCAUGUUCCUCAACCGCAUGACAUCUACUUCAAGUUUGUUUGCAGCACUCGCAAGUUAGGGUUCCGAUAGUCAAUUGUUUUCAGAUCUUGCAUUGGUCACUUGAAUUUACAUAGUAUUGAAUUGCAGUUUUAUUAACAGUUCUCUACAGCAGCUAACUUGACAAUGGGGAAGUCUCCUGGAAAGUGGAUCAAAACUGUGCUUUUCGGGAAGAAGUCAUCGAAAUCUAAUCUCUCCAAAGAUGCUACCUCAGAAAUUAAGACAUCUGGCAAGGCAAAAUCAGAGGAUUUUGGCACUGAUUCUAUGGUUAUCUCUAGCCCAGUGCGUCCCGUUACUUCUUCAAUCGGAGAACGUACAGAACUAGAGAAGAGUUCGAGUGCCAGCUUAAUGCCUGAUACAGCUGAAGAUUCAAGAAUUAAUGUGGAAUCAAAUGCAUCAAAUGGUGAGGAUAAAAUCAAGCUAGAGCAAGCUGCCACAAAAGCACAGGCUGCUUUCAGGGGCUAUUUGGCCCGAAGAGCAUUUCGGGCUCUCAAGGGUAUCAUAAGGCUUCAAGCUUUAGUUCGUGGCCACUUGGUUAGGAGACAGGCUGUUGUUACUUUGAGAUGCAUGCGUGCAAUUAUUGAGUUCCAAGCGUUGACUCGUGGCCGAAUGGUCAGACUUUCUAAUGGUCAACUGCUUAAAAAACAGACUUCAACAGCAUUUGCGGAUAAGAAACCUGCAAACUUGCUUGUAACAUCCCUCCGAGUAGAGAAGUUAUCAACAAAUGUGUUCGCCACUAAGCUUGUUGCUUCAUCUCGUACUACGAUGCCGUUAAGAAUUCAAUACGAACCAACAGACCCAAAUUCAGUAACGAGCUGGCUCACGCGUUGGUCAUCUACUAACUUCUGGGGCCCACUACCCCAUCCGAAAAAACCGCUUGAUGCAAAGCCUAAAAGAAAGCAGACUAAAUUACAAACUGAAGAAACCGACAAUGGAACCGCGAGGCCAAAACGAAGUGUUCGCAGAGCAAAUAAUGAUAACAGUCCCCAUAAUGAAAACGAAAAGUCCAAGCGUACCGUGAGAAAAGUCAACCACCAAGCUGACGCUGGUCAAGAACAAUCUCUUACUGAACUUGAGAAAGUCAAACGUAAUUUACGAAAAAUAGCUGUUUCCGCCUCUGGACCUCCUGAAAAAUCAGAACUCGCCACUGAAAAAACUUCACCCGGUUUAAAUAAAGUAUCAAGCUCCACUAUUUCAGAGAUUUUGGAGAAAAACAACGGUUCGAUAAACGAUUCAUCCGCUGAAAGCGUUAAACCGCCAGAGCCAGAAGAAUCUCCGGUUAAACCACCCGAGCCAGAAGAAUCUCCGGUUCAACCUCCAGAGGACAAAGACAAACCACUUGAUCAACCUGACAUCGAGCCACCGUCCCUAGAAGCCACAACGAAGCUAGAAACUGAAUCGCCUGCAAAGGGUGAGUCAAACGGGAAGGAAAAUCAGAAAGCUAGAAGAAGAAAGUCGUUACCAGCAAAACAAGAACACCAUGAGAGCGUUGUAUCGCUGAGCACACCCACCUUGCCAAGCUACAUGGCGGCCACCGAGUCAGCGAAGGCCAAACUUAGGGCACAAGCAGCGGCAAAGGCGGCAGAAGAAGGCGGUGAAAACGGUUUCACCAGGCGGCAGUCUCUACCAUCCUCCACUGGUAAACCAAACUUGGCUUCGCCACGUGUUCAGAAGCCGUUGCAAGCCAAUGGCAAAGGAGGGACUAAACUUAACAAACCCCAAAUAUCUCCUAAAGAUGAAAAAGCGAUCCAGGCGGGAUGGAGGAGGUGAGUACAGGUAUCUGUGAAUCCUUUAUUGCAGGUUGGGUAUUGAUGUUAUUGUGUUGUGUUAAAUAGUUUGAUACUCGUGUUUCUUGUUACCGGUUUGAUAAAAAAAUGUUUUGUUUCUGGGUCGGGUUGGGUCAUAGUCAAUGUCUGAAUGUAUAGUUAUGAACCUAAAGUUUUUUUAUUUUUAUUUUUUUUUUAAUUUUUUGAUGUUGAUGUG